AUGGAUGUGGACAAUGAAACUGAAAUGAGAAGUGUUCAUAGUUCAGAUACAUGGCGUGUAACUCAUGGAGCUUAUUCUGAACUGAUUACUCGAUUAAGAACUACGGAGUCCUAUAUUUGGGAGUUUCUGGAAAGGAUUGAGAGUAGAAGACGUCAACUGCAUACAAGUGUUAUUUAUUAUAGUGAAAUUAAUGUGUUACUUAGUCAAAUUUAUCAACUUGAGUCAGACAUGAAAAAGACAAGAGACCUUCAACAGACUGGACUAGAAGAAAUCUAUUACAAUCGACUGACUGACUUAGAAGUGCGUGUUCCGGGAUUACGACAAACAAUGAAUGAAUUACGAACUAGUUACAGUCAACCAGCUAAAACAUCUAGUUUAAGAGUACAAAUGGGUAUUCAAAUACAACCGACCACUUAUGAAUUCGAUCUCACCCCAACAGCAGCGAGUUCAGUAACCAAUAAAAUGCGUGAAGUUGAUGAAGGCAUAGCCAGAUGUCGUGAUCUGCUGAAUAAACACAAAGAAUUCAAUAUCAAAAUUCAGAAACGUGAAGAAACAGAAUUUCGAUUGAAUGAAUUGAGCAUGUGGCUAAGCCAACGAAUUUACCAUUCACUUGUGCAAUAUGGAAGAUCAGGUACAACACUUGAACAAGUAGCAGAUUUUGAAGAUGUACACCGUCGUCUUGAACGGGAAUUACAGUCCAGAGAACCUGAAUUAGAAGAAUUGAGAAUUGCUAUUAGUCGACUGUCACCAACGGCUGGAAAAUCAACUUCACGAGAUCGUUUAAAUGAAUUAACAUCUUGUUGGACACGUUACAGACAAAUAAUUCAGUUGCGUCUAGAAUUAGCCAAUCACUUUUCAUCAAUAUUGAGACGCAUACGUGAAGAUGAUUAUCAGUAUAAUAUGACAGUUCAGAAGAUGAAUGAAGCCGAUAAAAUGAAACUAACAACAACAGGUUUAGAUUUCCAUCCAAGUUGGAUAGUUGGUUCUACAGAAGCACCACAAGCAGCUGAACGCAUACGUAGCGAACUGAAUAUGACCACGAGUCACCUAGAAGAAGAGCAAAUAUUAAUUCGUCAGUUUAUUGAUCAUAUUACUCAAAGAGCAGAUCAAGAUUUACAAAUAGCUGAAACUGUUCAUUACUGCCAAGUCCAGUUGGAGUUAAAUAAUAAACGUCUUAUUCAUUUGCGUGAUUCAUGGGACAACUGCCAACAGUUUUGGGACCAGUAUAAACUUGCACAAGAACAAUGGACUGUAUUCACAGAAACAGCUCACACUUUGGAUGAAACAAUCACAUCAUCACUUUCACGUAUGUCACGAACACCUCUACCCAAUCAACCUUACGAACUUUCUGAAGCGUUGAGAAUGCAUCAUAAUGAGCGCAAUGAAAUUGAUCAGUUAACGCUGAAUUUGAAGACAAAAGCUCAACAGUUAGGUGCAAUGAUUGGCGUUAAACCAGAUGAUCGAGAUCAUACUGGACAAGGUUGGCGAUUUAUAGAAUCUGUUGAUGGGUUGAAUGCUGGAUUAGCCUCUUCAAAUAUGGGGAAACGUAUCCGUUCUGAAAUGUGCCUACGACUAGCCGGACUAGAGACUAGAUGGAAAGCGUGGGAUAAAGCAUGGACAUCAAGGAGUAUACAGUUGGAAAGACGUAGUACACAUUUUGGACAUUUAUCGACCAUAGAGGAAAUCGAAGAAGAAAUAGUUAUGGCCGAGAGGAAGUUAAAGCAAAUCAUGGGCAUGGUUUCAUUGACUGCUCCAAUUUCUCAAGUUCAAAUGGCUGACAGAGAUCUCAGUCAAAUUGAAGCCACAGUACCUGUUUUACGUAGUCGUAUACAUUCAAGUGCACCAGAUAUUAAACUGCAACUAAUUCAAGGCGAACCAUCACCGAAUGAAUACGCUGGUGCUAACAUUGACUUAAUGGAUGCUACAAAACGUCGUCAUGAACAACUUGAGACACGUCUUGCCACAUUCACAGAAGAAACUGCACGCUGUCGUACAGAGAUUAGUUUAACACUACGUCUAUUGAGUGCUGUAAAAACGGCAGAAAGCAUUCUCUCGCAAAUUACAUUCAACUUAGAUCAUGUUAAAAAUCGUAUAUCAGAGAUUUCAGUUCAAAAUAUUAGUCAGACAGAACAAAUUCGUUUUGAAAUUUCUGAACAAAUUAAUCGAGGACGUGUGUUGGCUGAUACUCAUCUACCAGUUUUAGAACAGUUAGCAGUUCAGCAUCCUCGAACCACAGAAGCUAAACAGUUAAUUCAACCCCUGAUUAGUGAAUUCCAAACAUCAAUAAAUAGUUUAAAUCAAAUGUCUGAUGAGAUUCGUAUCAGAACAGAACAGUUUAUUGAUUUACAACGACCACAAGCCAAGUGGGUGGCUGAUGAUCGAAUCAGAGCAGCAUCCGUAACUAUGCCAGUGAAAGCGAGACCACCAGUGAUUACAAAACCCUUAGAAAAUAUAACUACUGAAGAAGGCAGAAGGAUUAUUAUGGAGACAUACUUCGAUUCAGGUCUUCCACCGGAUGCUAAUCCAUUUGAUGUCAAUCAGUUACAAGUAACCUGGUACAAGGAUGGAUUGCCUGUGGUUACACCAGAUUAUGAAUCGAACUUGACUCCAGAUUCAGCAAGUUUAAAAAUAUCGGAAACACUAACGGAAGAUAAUGCAAUAUUCACCUGUCAUAUUAGUACACCGUAUGGUAAGGCCGAAACAAGAUGUACACUAACAGUGCUCGAGCCGAUUAGUCCAAAACCAGCUGAUGAAAGUCCAGUUCGACCAACUAAGAGUGCUAGGGAACAAAAACCUGUUCCAGAACUUGGUGAACCACCUCAGUUUAUCAAGCAUCUCACCUCAACUUGUAUUGACGAAGCAAACGAAUUGGUUUUGGACUGUCAAGCAGUUGGUCUACCAGUGCCGUCCCUAUCAUGGUACAGAAAUGAUCAGUUAAUUGAUCACAAUCCCGACUUUAAAAUUACUCAGCUAGUUGGAUCAGGCAUAUUGAGAGAUGGAAUGCUAUAUUUUUUCCUGUUCCUUCCCCUGUUGUUUAUCUAUGUGUUCGUAACAGAUUCCCAAUGUCGUGUGGCGAAUCAUUCAGGAAUAUAUGUAUGCCGUGCUACUAAUCCACAUGGUGAAUGUUCAACAACCUGCGAAGUUACAAUAAAUCCAGCUCAACCACCUGAAAUUAUCCAACCACUGCAAAAUAUGAACCUGAAAGUUGGUGACAGAUGUAAAUUGACAGUUCAGUACAAAAGUAAACUUCCUGCUGAAGUGGAAUGGUAUCAAAAUGAUAUACCAAUUCAAGGAGAAAUAGGCCGUCGUCGUAUUACAAUGGAAGUUAAUAACACCGUCAGCCUACAUCUUCUCAUGGUUUCUGAACUAGAAGGUGGAAAAUAUACAUGUACAGUACGUAAUCAGGCUGGAUUUGCUACAACAAGUUGCAGUAUGAAACUAUUUGAGCCCGCCAAAAUAUCGCGUAUAGCUCAGUCACCUAAUGGAGUGAGAGAAGAACAAGUGAUUCCACUUAGAGUAGUUAAAGGUGCUACUCCAUAUAUAGAUUCCAGAGAUUUCCAGAGAGCAGUUUCUGUGCCACCUACAACAAUACUCUCUGUACCACUAAGAAUGAGAAAUUAUAUUCCUGAAUCACGUCCAGCAUCAGAUUACGGUAGACCGCCUCAGUUUAUAUCACCCUUACAAAAUGCUGAUGUUGGCGAACAAGAGAAAAUUAAACUGGAAUGUCAAGUGACUGGUUUUCCGGAACCAAAAGUUACUUGGCUUAAAAAUGGAGUCCCACUAGCCAGAUCAAAUUCGUAUGCAGUUAAAGAGAAUGGGCAGUAUCACAGUCUUAGCUUUUAUGAUGUUUUCAUUGAAGAUCAAGGCGAAUAUACAUGUUUUGCUGAAAAUCCUUAUGGCAGUGCGUUUAGUUCAUGCAGAAUGGAUGUUGAACCAAUCCACACCGAAGAACAACCUGUUGAUCGUCCACCAACUAUUGUGAAACCUUUACCAACACGGUUAUCUGCUGUAGAAGGUAGUUCAGUUGAACUAACAUGUCAGUUUACUGGACGACCAGCACCAUCUGUAGUUUGGCUUAAAGAUGGUAAACAGCCUCAAUCUUCACCUAGUUUUCAGACAUUUCAAGAUUCUGGUUUCGCUCGUCUUUACAUUCCAAAAGUUGAAAAAGACAAAGCUGGCACAUACGAAGCUAUAGCAACAAAUCCAUUAGGAAGCUGUUGUACAACUUUAUAUAUGGAAAUACUUCCAACCAUCAAAACAACGGUUGACUUGCUACCGCCAAUUUCACCGGUGAUAAGUGGAAGUUCACCAGAAUUUACACGGAUAUUCAAAGAUGUUUAUAUUGAGUCAGAACGAUUAGAAGAGGUGGUAUUGGAGUGUUCAGUAACGGGUAUUCCAACACCAACAGUAUAUUGGACACAUAAUGGCGUCAUUAUUACUCCUGAUGAUCAACGUUAUACCGUUGGUCAAGGACCUGGACCGAAUGAUCAUUGUUUAAUAAUUCGACGACCAGGACCCGAGUCAGCAGGUCGUUAUCAAGCUGUUGCUGAGAAUUUGCAUGGAAGGGUAACAUGUUCAGCACUGAUUAGCCCUACAAGCUACAGUCAAACGCUAAUAAAAAGACCGCCUUCUAUGAUGAGUUUAACAAGGCACACAGUUGUACGGCAACAGUGGCCACGUGAAACAUCCCUACCACCUUCACCAGCAAGUACUGGUCGAAUAAUUUCUCCACAUUCAUUUGCAACAGUUCAAGUACCUGUGUCACCAGUCCGAUUUCAGCGAGAAACAUCAGCACCACCAUCACAACACUAUUUGACAAGACAUCAUUUACACUUAGGACCAAGACAAGGAACACCACCAGUUCAACUUACUUUCCCUUUGCCAAGUAAACAGAAAUCAUUAAGUCGGACAGAGAUUACAAAACCUGUUGAAAAUCAUUUGAAACCACAAGGACAGGUGAAACACUAUAGUAGUACACAACACUUAAAUAGGAAGCAAUUUACACCAGUCGUACCACACAUUGAAACACGUUAUUCGCGUCGUGUUGCAAGUCAGCCACGUCUUUCACCAGGUUAUUCAUCAGAAGAAGAACAUGAGCAUAGUAUGUCAAUCGUCCCUAUGGUAAGACAUUAUAAGACACGAAUGGAAAGGAAUAUGGUGGCUCGGCCACAUGUUAUCUCCGGUUAUAGUUCGGUAAAAGAACACAGGCGUUCACUACAUGUUGUGCCGAUGAGACGUGAAUAUCAAACAUGCUUGGAGCAUAGUUUGCCAUCUCGUCCGACAAUCCAGACUUGCUUUGCAACUGAAGAAGCACGUGAAUAUGAAAUGAAUGUCGUACCGAUUGUACCGCACACGGAUUAUAAAACGGAACUAAAAACAGACGUUUAUAGUAAGCCAGAAUUAACAUCAGGAUAUGCUACAGAAACGAAACAUAUUCGAUCCUUGGAAGUUACACCAAUGGUGCCAGAAUAUCACACCAAAAUGGAAAGACAGGUUACUAGUCAUCCAAUACUUGAAGCUGGUUAUUCAUCUGAAGAAGAGCACGAGCAUAAACUGAACGUUGUGCCUGUGGUGCCAUACACUUCAUAUAAGACUGAAUUGAAUGCUGACGUCUCAUCAAAACCAGAGUUAGUACCAGGAUAUUCUGCUGAAACUAAACAUCCUGUAAAGCUUGAAGUUACACCCUUAGUUCCAGAAUACCGAACUGAAUUGGAUACAAGUGUUGCCAGUCAUCCACAUCUCGAAGAAGCUUAUACAUCAGAAGGUGAGCAUGAACAUCAAAUGGAACUUGUACCUUUAGUACCGGAAUACAAGACGCAGCUGACAACAGAUUUGGGGGCUAAAACAGAGGUAAUUAGUGGAUUUGAAAGUCGACUGCACUUUGAACGGACAUACCUGAUGGAAACUCAGUUAAAGCAGUAUGAAACCUCUAUUUCAACUCGAAUACCGAGCCGACCAUCAUUAACGUCAAUAUUCGAGUCAACAUUUGAACAUGAAACAAAUAAGAUGAAUGUCGUGCCAGUUGUUCCACAAGAUGAACGUCACAGAAGUCAGCUACUUACAGAUUUCUAUGCUCAAUAUCGUCCAGUUGAUGUGAUUGUGGAAGUGCCGAUUCCACCAGAAUUUGUCAAGCCUUUGUCUAGUGUAGUAACUGAUGAGGGAGCAUGUGUUGUAAUAGAGGGUCUUGUAAGCGGUGUUCCGCAACCCAAAAUAUCAUGGUAUCGCUCUGGACGUCAGUUAUGUGAUGGUCCUGAUUUCCGACUAGAUUAUAGUGAUAAUCGUGUACGAUUAACACUUGGUGAAGCAUUCCCUGAUGAUGCUGGUGAAUACACGUGUGAGGCUGAAAAUGUUGCAGGUCGUGCACAAAGUACAGCGAAUCUAGUAGUACGAGCUCGUCUGUUAGCACCAAAAUUCAUCAAGGGACUCGCGAACCAAAUUCUUUAUGAAGGCGAAUCGGUCCGACUAGUUGUCAAGGUUGACGGUCACCCGCCACCAACAGUCACAUGGACUCGUGAUGGUCAUGAAAUUACAAGUUCGGUUAACUAUACACUAGAAAAAGAAGGUGACGGUGUUUAUGCACUCACUAUACCUGAGGCAUUUUUUGAAAAUUCUGGUCGUUAUGCUGUAGUAGCUGAGAAUCCAGCUGGGAAAUGCAUUUCUUCAGGUCUGAUAACCAUAUUAGAACCAGAAAGACCAUAUCCAAGUGCAUUAGAUAAGUUAUGUCAGAGUCAGUUGACAGUGCAAGUAGAAGGUCUGAGGCAAGUCCGAUUACCGUCACCAACACCCCGGCCUCAUCCAGAGAAGCCUUAUUUCACAAAGACUUUCAGUCCAGAAAUUGAAUUAUAUGAAGGUGAACGUUUAGCGUUGACCGCUGAAGCUUGGGUAACCCGAUCCCUUGAUGGUCCUGAUCGUCAACAGACUCAAGUUGGACCACCUUUGUCUGAUGUGAAUGAAUUACAACCAAAUUCAGUACCAAUGACUGCUCACUUACUGAUGAAUGAAGUGUUCCUAGAAGAUUCUGGCCUGUACACUUGUGUAGCUGAAAAUAUAGCAGGUCAGGCAGAAAUCAUGUCGAAUAUAAGUGUUGUUGCAAAACCUAUUCGAGAAGUCGCAAAGCCGUCAAUCCAACCACCAGAAUUUAUCAAAUUCCCAGAAUCACCAGUAAAAGUACAGUCUGGUCAAGAUGUCACACUUGAGGUUGAAGUUAAAGGCCUACCUCUGACUUCAUUAAAUUGGUAUCAUAACAAUAUGAUUGUGUAUAAUAAUAAGGAUAUUUUCAUUGAAAAUGUACUCACUACUGGAAAGACAAGAUUGUUUAUUAAAUGUGUUCAACCAAAAGAUCAGGGAGAGUGGUUAGUAACAGCUACAAAUCCAUCUGGUUCAUGUUCUAAAUGUCUUCGAAUUAUUUGUGAAGAGACCAUGUAA